GGGACCAUUGUUUAAUGAGCUAGAUUUCGUUCAUGUCCUCAAAAUAAUCCAUUAAUGACCAUUUGUGUCCAGGUUGAGUAUGCUUUUGGUAGGUGCCAGUCAGGAUCUAAAAAGUUUUAUGGGUCUUAAUUUUGAACCAUAUCUACUUAACAGUUCUAUGGGUCUGGACUGGAUCCCUGUUGGAUCUAGGGCAAGAGGUCUUAGGGACAGCCCUACAUGCAUAUGGGGUUUCUUAAUCUUGUUUAUUGGAAUUACUGGACCCGUGUUUGUUUUAUCAUCUUUUUUGUUAGUUCAGUUCUCUACUGAGAUGAGGGAAGAUUUAAAUUGCUGAGGUACACUGCUGUACUCUUUAAGUUGCUUCAGAAUUAUUGCUUUCCACCUUGGAAAAUGACUAAAUAAAUGAACCUAUUAUCAUAGUUAACAUUUCAUGGUUUGUCCUCUUUCCAAUUUUUUAAAGCUAUAAUACUGAAUUCCAACACCUAAGGUAUCAAGACACUGCUCUCACCAUCUCAAAAUUUUAAGGAAAAAUAUUAGGAGAUAUUUGGAUCCUUGAAGUUCAAUUAGAAUUUUUAUUUUGAAAUUAUGUGUUUAACAUGGAAGAAUUUCAUCCAAGUGGUAUAGCCAAAAGGCAUUGUGGCCUAAUUGAGACGGUUGUGGCAUCCCUGUAAAAGAAUUCAAUGUAAAGAUGAAGUGAAAGUCGAACUUUACCAGAUGCGAAGUGGAGCAAGAUGGAGGAUUGCAUUAGAGAAGUAGCUAAAUGAAGUUUUGGGACACGGAUGAUACAAAGCAGGUUGGCAACACCUUAAAUUGGGCAAGCUCCUGGAGAGAAACACUAUUCUCUCUUCUUGAAGAUAUCCCUGUCGGUCUUUGUCGGUAUAUUGCUUCCAUAUCUAUUGAUGGGACUUCUGCAACAACCCUUAUAAUUGACAGCAACACUGGGGAGCUAUUAUGCAGACCAUUUCUCUAUAAUGAAAGUCUCCCGGAUGCUUUGCCAAUUGUUACAUCCAUUGCCCCAGAAAACCACACUGUGUGCUCUGGGUCAUCCACCCUAUGUAAAUUAGUGUCAUGGUGGAAUUCAAACAAUUCAAACAAAGGCUCUGCUGUACUAAUGCACCAAUCAGACUGGCUAUUGUGGCUUUUACAUGGGAAAUUUGGCAUUUCUGACUACAAUAAUGCUUUGAAGGUCGGAUAUAAUCCAGAGACCGAUUCCUAUCCAAGUUGGUUGCUUGCUCAGCCAUUUUUUUAUUUGUUGCCUUCUGUUAAAGCACCGGGAAGUCCUAUUGGUUGCAUAAAAGAAGAUAUCAGACUGCGAUUUGGUUUUCCAAAGGGCUGUGUUGUCUGUACUGGAACAACAGAUAGCAUAGCAGCAUUUCUUGCAGCACGUGCUACACAACCAGGGAGGGCUGUUACAUCCUUGGGUUCAACACUUGCCAUUAAACUCCUUAGCACUUCUCGGAUUGAGGAUGCACGAUUUGGUGUGUAUAGCCAUCGCCUGGAUGAUAAAUGGCUUGUCGGUGGUGCCUCAAAUACUGGAGGGGCUGUUCUUAGACAGAUCUUCACCAAUGGCCAGUUAGAAGUUUUGAGUAGUCAAAUUGAUCCCUUGGUACCUUCUCCUCUUGACUACUACCCUCUACCAGCAACCGGUGAGAGGUUUCCUGUUGCAGAUCCAAAUAUGAUGCCCAGGUUGCAUCCACGCCCAGAGAGUGAAGUUGAAUAUUUACAUGGCAUUCUAGAAUCCAUUGCACGUAUUGAGGCCAAGGGCUACAAAUUACUAAAGGAGCUUGGGGCAACUGAAGUAGAAGAAGUGUUUACUGCAGGAGGAGGAGCAAAAAAUCAGGUCUGGAUUAAAAUACGGGAAAGGGUGCUUGGCUUGCCAGUACAUCGAGCAUCGCAGACGGAGGCUGCAUAUGGAGCUGCGCUGCUCGCACUGAAGGGUGUGGGACUGCAAAACUAAGUUUGCAAGAAUGAAGAUGAUGAGAGGUUAUGUUGGAUUGCCUGCUAGCCAUUUUUCCACAAACAGAAGAGUCAGAGAUCAGAAUUGUAAUAGAAACCGCUAAAUUAAUCAAAACAUGUAUAUUUGAUCAGUGAUUUUGCAUCAAAAAAAGUAUAACUGAGUAAAGGUAUGAUAAAGAUAAUGUGAACCCGCCUGGCAGAACUUCCUACUGCAGGAAUUUGCAUAAAA